CUUUGGCCCUAAACAAUAUAAUUAUGCUUCAUUAAAAAGCUCAAUCCAUCAGUCAAGGUAUGGGGAAUGGAUCCUAAUAUAAUAUACAUUGUAUAUCAUUUUAAAACAAAUAAAGAACUUGCUCAACACAGCAGUAUGAAUUACCUGUAGCAGCAGUACAAGAGUCACAAUUACUAAAAAUGGAAAGCACAUUUUUGGUCCUGCGACUGUCAUGGAAACAAGCCAGAGAACUAAUCAAUCCUUCCUUUCACAUUAUCUAAUAUGGGUAUCAGUCGUGACUCCAGGCAUAAGCGAUCUGCUACAGGUGCUAGACGUGCUCAAUACAGAAAAAAGAGAAAGUUCGAAUUGGGUCGUCAAUCUGCCAACACCAAAUUAGGCAGCAAGCGUAUUCACUUGGUUCGUGUUCGUGGUGGCAACUACAAGCGUAGAGCUCUUCGUUUGGAAGGUGGUAACUUCUCUUGGGGUUCCGAAGGCAUUUCUCGCAAGACCCGUAUUUUGACCGUUGUCUACAAUGCUUCCAACAACGAAUUAGUCCGUACAAACACUCUUGUCAAAGGUGCUGUUAUCCAAAUCGAUGCCACUCCUUUCCGUCAAUGGUAUGAAUCCCAUUAUGCUAUUGCUCUUGGAAAGAAGAAGGCUGGUGCUCACGCUGAAGAAGUCGAAAAGUCUGUUGAAAACAAGUCUAGAGCUGUUCAAAAGAAGGUUGCUGCUCGUGCAGCUACCGCUGCUGUUGAUCCUCUCUUAGAUGAUCAAUUCAACGCUGGUCGUCUCUAUGCCGUCAUUGCUUCUCGUCCUGGUCAAUCUGGUCGUUGCGAUGGUUAUAUUCUUGAAGGCAAAGAGCUUGAAUUCUAUCUUCGUAAGAUCAAGUCACGCAAAUAAACAUCUUGCUAUUGUAUUUUCCCCCGCUGUGUAGUCUUGUAGAUAUAUACAUUAUACGCUUUUACCGAGUAGAUACAUACGUGUCAUACAUGUAUACACCACCAAUAAAUAAAAAAAGAGAGAGAAAGAGGAUAAAACUACUAUACAUCUUAUUUACAAA